AUGGCGCAGACUAUCUACCAGCAUGCGCAAACCAACGAUCGCACCGUUCAUGUCCCAAUGAAUCGAGUGGAUAUUGCGUUCUGGUCACGAACUGACUAUCUUUAUACCGAUAGUCUCAACGGAUGCACUGCCGUCAUCAUCAUCUCCCCGCACGCUGGUAUUCUCGCACAUAUUGCGCCAAGACCAUCAGGCGCCGAGCUCAAUCACGUCAACGCUGAAGAUGGCGAUCGAAACCUCCGCGAGAAGAUGCAACAGGUGAUUGAUCUUUACAACGCGAAUAGGCAGUACUUCCAGGAUGCGAGGACUCGUGUCGUCGUGGCCGUCUACCGGUAUGCUAUUGCAUUACCAACCACAGUCAAUACGAUAGACGCCAUCCUGAACCAUCUCAGACUUCCAAUCAGAACCAACCACUACGAGGUCCUUGAACCUAACUCGCAGCGUCCCUUUGGUCACACAUAUAUUGUUAUCGCUUCUCGAGGCUCUGGAUAUUGGCCCACGCUGUAUGUCAACGAGCGGACGGUUGAAUACCUCUGA